AUGGAUUUGAAGACAACAUAUAUACACGAGGAAACAGAGCCAAUAUAUGUAGGAGGAACCAGUGCAACAAUAUCAACCUCAGAUGGAAAAUACUUAGUGACUCCAUUAAAUGAAGAUGUUAUAAUAACAGACCUAGAAACUAAUGAAAUAUAUCAUAAAAUACCUGGUGAUGAUGAAGAUGAAAAUAUAACAAGUCUAUGUAUAACUCCCAAUGGUGAAAACCUAGCCAUAUGUUCACAAUCUCAACAACUUCGAAUAUUUAAUUUACCUUCAAAAACAAUAAUAAAAACUUUUAAAUUAUCAUCACCUGUAUAUAUAUCAACAGUAGAUUCAACAUCUACAUUAUUUGCAUUUGGAGGAUCUGAUGGAGUAGUAACAGUAUGGGAUAUAGAAGGUGGAUAUAUUACUCAUUCUUUAAAGGGUCAUGGUACUACAAUUUGUUCAAUAACAAUAUAUGGAGAAUUAAAUAAUUUAAAAAGUUGGAAAUUAGCAAGUGGUGAUACAAUGGGAACUGUUAAAAUAUGGGAUUUAUCUAAAAAGAAAUGUUUACAUACUUUAAAAGAUCAUAAUACUGCUGUAAGAGCAGUAUCUUUUAAUUCAAAUGGUGAAAUUUUUUUAACUGGUGGAAGAGAUCAAAUUGUUAUUAUAUAUAAUACAAAAAAUUUUAAACAAUUAUUUACUCAUCCAAUAAAUGAACAAAUUGAAGCAAGUGGAUUUAUUGAUUAUAUAGGUGGGAAAGAAUUUUUUUAUACUGGUGGAUCUAAUAAUAUAUUAAGAAUUUGGAAUGUUAAAUCUGGUCAGUUAAUGGCUCAAUCUCCUCAACCAUUAAAAACAAAUGAAGAAUUAUUAAUUAUUGAUAUAAUAAAAUUAAUGAAUCAAAAUUUAUAUCUUGUUAUAAGUGAUCAAACAUUAAUUGAAAUAGAUUGUCAACCAAAUGAAGAAGAAGUAGAAGAGAUAAAGAUAGUAGAAGAUGACGAUGACAUGGAAAUAGAUCAAACAAUAAUAUUGCCAAUAAUAAAAAGAAUUGCAGGGAAUCAAGGUAUAAUAGCAGAUCUGCGAUAUGUCGGACCAAAUAAAGAAUAUUUAGCAAUGGCAACAAAUUCACCAUCAUUAAGAAUAAUAAAUUUCCAAAAACCCUUUGAAUUAAAAAUUUGUGAAGGACAUACGGAUAUAUUAAAUGCUUUAGAUGUUAGUUCAGAUGGAUUAUGGAUUGCUACUGCAUCAAAAGACGGUGAAGCAAAAUUAUGGAAAUGGAAUUAUGAAACAGAAACAUUUGAUUGUUUUGCUACAUUCAAAGGACAUUCAGGAUCAGUUACUGCUAUUGCAAUAAAUAAUAUAUUAAAUAAUCACAAUGAACCAAAAUUCAUAAUAACUGGUUCAAAUGAUUUAACUAUUAAAAAAUGGAAUAUUCCAACUACUAGUAAUACAAUAGUAAAAUCAUCAAUAUAUACAAGAAGAGCUCAUGAUAAAGAUAUAAAUUCAAUAGAUAUUUCACCUAAUGAUGAAUUUUUUGCAACUGCAUCAUAUGAUAAAUUAGGUAAAAUAUGGUCAGUUGAAUCAGGAGAAACUAUAGGAAUAUUAAAAGGUCAUAAAAGAGGAUUAUGGGAUAUAAAUUUUUAUAAAUUUGAUAAAUAUGUUGCUACUGGUAGUGGAGAUAAAACUAUUAAAAUUUGGUCUUUGAAUGAUUUUUCAUGUAUAAAAACAUUAGAAGGUCAUACAAAUUCAAUUCAAAGAGUUAAAUUUUUUAAUUCUUUACAACCUCAAUUAAUUUCAGUUGGAGCAGAUGGAUUAGUUAAAAUUUGGGAUUUUAAAAAUGAAGAAAAUUUAAAAACUUUAGAUAAUCAUGAUAAUAGAAUUUGGUCUUUAGCUUUAAAAGAUGAUGAAGGUAAAGAAUUUAUAACUGCUGAUUCAGAUGGUAAAAUAACAAAAUGGAUUGAUAAUACAGAAGAAGAAAAUUUAAUUUUACAAAAUCAACAAAAGGAAAAAAUUGAAAAAGAACAAAAUUUAAAUAAUUUUAUGAAAGAUAAUGAUUGGGAAAAUGCUUUCUUAUUAGCUUUAACAUUAAAUCAUUCAAUGAAAUUAUAUAAUGUUUUAAAAUCAUGUAUUGAAACUAAACAAGAUGAAGAUUCAAUAAUUGGAUCAUUUAAAUUGGAGAGCAUAAUAAGUAAAUUAAACAAUGAUCAAUUGAUUCUAUUAUUCAAAAAAAUAAGAGAUUGGAAUAUAAAUUUUAAAUUUUUUGAAAUUAGUCAGAUUUUAAUUAGUGUUGUAUUAAAAAAUUAUUCAGUACUGAAAUUAAUUGAAAUACCAGGAAUUAUGAAAAUUAUUGAUUCUAUUUUACCUUAUAAUGAAAGACAUUAUAAUAGAAUUGAUGAAUUAAUUGAAGAAACUUAUGUUUUAGAUUAUACUGUUGAACAAAUGAAUCAAUUAUUAACUUAG